CGUCACAGUCCCAAAAUGACAGUAAAUCGCCAUGGAAAGUGAGAUGAAUAGACUUUCACCAUUACGUCAAAAGUGAGCGAAUAACUGUGAUGAAAACCGAUUCGCCCAACGAAGACCUCAACGAACCCCCCGCCUUCAAAAGCGGCCUUCGCGAGGUAAUAGUCGAAGAACAUUCCGACUCUGAACCCUCUUCGGCAGCGGGCAGCGACGACGACGAAGAACGCAGACCCGAACGACCCAAAGCUGAUAUACCACCGGAAUACUGGCACAUCCAGAAGCUGAUCAAGUACCUGAAAACCGGCAACCAGACGGCCACGGUGGUGGCCUUGUGCUGCCUCAAAGACCACGACCUCACCACCGAGAUCAACCAGCUGGCUAUUCAAGAGAUUGGCGGCUUGGAGCUGCUGAUCAAUCUGCUCGACACCAAGGACUUGAAGUGCAAGUUGGGGGCGCUGGGAGUGCUGACGGAGCUCUCUCACAACCAGGAUAUACGGCGCUCCAUCGCCGAUCUCGGAGGCAUAGGUCUAUUGGUCAAGAACCUCACGGAACCGGCUAGGGAUCUGCAGAUCCUCGUAGCCGAGACCAUCUACAACGUUGCCCAAAUACGCAAAGCGAGAAAGCACGUCAGAAAAUGCAACGGCAUUCCCAAGCUGGUAGACUUCCUCGAUAUCAAUGAACUUUCCCUGAAAACGCCCAAGGACCAGCUUAGUCCCGACGAUAUCGAACUUGUCAACAUCGCAAGAGCAGCAGCCAGAGCCUUGUGGUCGGUGUCCAGAAGCAAGCGCAACAUCCAGGUGAUGAUGAAGAGCGGAGCCGUACCGCUGCUGUCAAGGCUGUUGAAGUCCGUACACAUGGACGUGGUAAUACCGACCAUCGGUACCAUAGCCCAAUGCGCAGAUGAUCCCAGCUACCUGCUGGCGUUACAAACCGAGGGCAUGAUAGUGGACAUCGUGAGACACCUCUCAGCAGACGAGUACCCGGCCUUGAGGCGGUACUGCGCCGAAACCAUCUUCAAGUGCUGCGAGAGCCCUGUGGCCAGAUGCAUGGUGAGGCAGAGCGGCGGUCUGGACCCGCUGGUGAACAUGGCCCGAGAUCCCAAGACCAAGGAGGACAAGCCGUUGCUGGCCGCUGUUACGGGGGCCAUUUGGAAGACGGCCAUCAGUCCGGAGAACGUUGAGAGGUUCGAUCAGCUGAAGACCGUGGAGGUGCUGGUGAAAUUGCUGGAAAACGUGGAAGAGGACGAACGCGUGCUGAGCAACGUGGUGGGAGCCCUAUGCGAGUGCCUCAAGUUCGAGCACAACCGCACCACCCUGAGAAGAGCAAACGGCAUCCCCCAUUUGGUCAACCUGCUCAACUACACCUACCCCCCGCUGUUAGAAAACGUGCCGAUGGUGUUGCGAGAAUGCGCCGAAGACGAGGACUCCAUGCGGAUCAUCGAAGAGUUGGACGGCGUGAGGCUGAUCUGGUCGCUGCUCAAGAACGAUUCGAUCAAGGUGCAAGCGAACGCCGCUUGGUCGCUGGUGCCUUGCAUCAGAUACGCGACCGAUUCGGGAGAGAUGGUGAGGUGCUUCGUGGGCGGUCUGGAGCUGAUAGUGAACCUCCUCAAGUCCACCGACAACCACGUGUUGGCCAGCGUUUGCGCAGCUAUCGCCGAAGUGGCCAAGGACAUCGAGAACCUGGCAGUGAUCACCGAUCACGGAGUGGUACCCAUGCUGGUGAACCUCGUCAACACCGAAGACGUCGAACUGCGCCAGCACCUAGCCUCCGCCAUAGCCUACUGCUGCGCCUGGGGCUCCAAUUGCAAGAUGUUCGGCCGGUUGGGCGCCAUCACGCCUCUGGUGCAGUACAUGGCCGACGGCGACGCCGACGUCAAUCGCACGACGGCGUUGGCAUUGUUCCAUCUAUCGAAGAACCCCUUCAAUUGCAUCACGAUGCACGAGAGCGGAGUGGUGACUUUCCUGCUCAAAGCGGUGUCUUCUAGCAAUUGGAACUUACAGGAGGCCGCUGCUGGUUGUUUGGCGAAUAUCAGGAAGUUGGCGUUGGAAGCUGAGACUGUGCAUUUGAUCAGGAAGAAGGAUGAAUCCAGCGAAGAGGAGAACGAGCUUUAAGAAUUUUGUGCCAGAUCACUCUUCUCUUUCUUUUACAGGAUGAAAAUGAAUGAUGGAGGUGUUUCUUCGUCAUAACUUAGUUCAAAAAGGCCAUGAUGUUAACAUGUGUCGUAUAUCGACAAGAUCUUGUAUCUCCAAAACGGAGCAAAAUGUUUAUACACACUAUUUUUAUGAAAUGAAACAGAGAAUCACCUCCUAUUUUUUUGCAUCCAUUUAUGCACACCCUAUAUACUCUGGUGAUUGUUGCAUUAGCUCAAUAUGACGUUUUAUUGUUGCCUAUUGAAUUAAUAUAUUUACAAUGUGGUAUAUAUUUUAUAUUAUACAAAGUACUAGUAGAAACAGUUUUGCUGC